CACGAGCUUUGAGUAGAGUUCUAGAAAACGACCCUUCAGAUUGGCGUUACGUCCAUGGAUUGGCGGGUGCACUCACAGACUACAUAAGUGAACGGUGUACCCUAUGGGAUCCUUAAAUUUGGUAUCAAAAUAAUGUAUCUAAUUUGUACAUGCUAUUUAGUACCUCUGUUUAAAAAAUUUGUACCCCCAUCAGAACGAAGUUAUAGCAAUAUCAAAGGUACACCCGCCAUUCUGACUCUCACAAAACACAGUACAAAAAAAAAAGAUUGACGUUCACGAAACCAGUGGUAACCGCGAACUGACAAUUAUAUUAUAGAAAAUAUUUCUAAUAGUUUAGGGCGGAAUGUUAUUUUUAAAUAAAAAUUAAUUUCGUCAUAAAUUUACUGAUAUAUUGUAAAAUUUUGUUGUUAAUAAAUUUCAUGUAAAUCAUUUAAUUGUAAAUCUUUUAUUAAAAUUACUACACGUGAUAAUAAUGGCUGGAACAACUGAAAUUAUCGGAAAGAAUCGUACAAUUUUCGUGUUAGACGGAGGAUUUUCCACCCAGCUGUCAUGCCACGUUGGCUGUUCUUCUGACGGAGAUCCAUUGUGGUCGUCGCGCUUUCUACAGACUCAUCCUCAGCAGGUGCUUAAUACACAUCUUGACUUUCUACGAGCCGGCGCAGACGUAAUUUCCACAAACACCUACCAAGCUUCAGUUGAAGGCUUUGUAAAACAUCUAGGAGUGACGGCGGAGGAAGGCAUUGAACUUAUAAGGGGUGCUGUAAACCUAGCCAAGAGCGCUCGUGACAUUUAUUUAGAGGAGUGUCGCGAAACCGGCCUGCCUAAGCGCAUCCCUCGAGUUGCUGGUUCGGUCGGCCCUUACGGAGCUUACUUACACGAUGGGUCUGAGUACGACGGGAAUUACAUUGACAGAACGCCAGUGAGCACCAUGAGGGAAUGGCAUAGACCAAGGAUGAGGACAUUAGUAGAAGCAGGUGUGGACCUACUGGCAAUAGAAACUAUACCAUGUCUAAAAGAAGCUGAAAUGCUCAUGGAGUUACUUAAGGAGUUCCCUAAUAUUAAAGCGUGGCUCUCUUUCAGUGUCAAGGAUGGGUCCAGUUUGGCUCAUGGGGAGAAUUUCAGAGCAGCUGUAAAGAAAUGCUGGGAUUUAAAUUCUAACCAGUUGUUGGCUGUGGGUGUCAACUGUUGUUCUCCAAAAAUUGUGGCUAAUUUGCUGAAAGGCAUCAAUGAUGAUAGGCCUACACCAAUUCCAUUUGUAACUUAUCCCAACUCUGGUGAGAAGUAUGACCCUGCAAUAGGUUGGACAGAGAGAGACAAAUGUGAGGCCCUGGAGAGCUUUGUUAAUGAGUGGCUGGAGCUUGGUGUGCGAUAUGUUGGAGGGUGUUGCAGAACCCACAGUGCAGACAUAUCCCGUAUCAAACUUCGACAAGUAUUUGGCAUUUCUGUUAGAAAGAAACAGAGAGAUGAUAAAAUUAAAUUGAUUUUAAGAGAAAAUGAGGACUUGAAAGAUCAGAAUUUGAAGUUGACCUUUGAAAUAUCAAAAUUGAAAAAAGAUAUGACUAAGUUAGAGGAAAAUAAGUUUUCGGAUUACUUGACUCUGAUGAGAGAGCGAGACGCACGAUAUACGCUCUUCUUUGAAAAUCUUGAACUUCACAUGAAGCUGAAAGAACUUGACGGUAGUAAUCAUUGGACAGACGGUGCUUGUGGAGACCCUGUGGUAUUGAGAAUCGCCCUUGAUAGAUGUAGGGAGCAACUAUCUACAACGCAACAAGAGUUGAAUAGAAUGAGAGAAGAAUAUGCGGAAACUGUGCCUUAUCGAGAACACGACUCUUUAACUACUAAAUAUUACGACGCGACCAAAACCAUAAACACAUUAAAGAUCGAACAUGAGGCUCUUCAAGAGUCUUUCAACCGCAUUGUGGCCUCAAAGAAAAGCAUCGAAGAAGAAUUGGUAGAAAUAAAAGAACGGUGUAGAGAGCUUGAACGAGCUGGUACGCCCCGCCCACAAUGGGAAUUGUGUGCAGAUUUCAUUGGAGGUGGACGAGACAGAUGGUGGCAACUAGCCAGCGGAUUGUCUUCUAGAGACACUCUUCGAGUGUUACUAAAGGAAUUGGGACCGGCAGCAGAAAGUGAUAAUUUAGAACACUUUGACGGACUUGGAAUAGAUCCAGCCAUACCUCCCUACCUUCGUUACGAAGGUAAAGUGCGUAACUUAAGGCUAUCACGUCGCGAAGUCAGCGUUAUUAUUAAUGACAUUUGGGUUGGAAGACAGGAGCAUGGACGGAAUAUGCCGAUGCAGGACUAUGUUACUAAAUACUUUGAAGACAGAUACCAACAGCCGUCAGUUCGGGCAGAGUGGGCAUACAAUUUAUGCGCUGGUGCAGAACAAAUGCUCGAUGAACCUCAAGUUAAACUGUUCUGGGGUAUUCUACAUGGUCAUCUUAGCGAGCACAUCUAUUGGGGGCUUCGCUCGCAAUGGCAGACAUUGAAAGACCAGCUAUAUAAGCAUAGCAAGGCUCGAGAGACAAUAACUAUUGACGAAUUUGAAAAAAUUGCCAAAGCAACGUUUCCCUUAAAAAGCGAAGUGGACAUUAAAAACUUGACCGAUGUUGUGAGAAAACAACUUAAACUUAAGAUGCAUAUCAACGAAAUCAACUUGGAUAAACUAUUCCAAGAGAAUGAAGAAGGAUUCGACCGUGUAGAAUUCGCUCGCGAAUUAUACCGCCAAAGGCAAAUGGCGCAGGACAAAUACAUUCGUGAAGUGGUAGCCGAGUUGGGAGGUCGACAAGCUAGCAAAAAGCCCAUUUCUGUGGAGAACCUAAAACGCGCUUUUGCCAUCGUAGACCCGGCGAUUGAUCAUAUUCGUAUGGAUCGUAAUAUUCGCUGGGCAUUUUCUAACACUAGCUCGAACUUGAGCAAUGAGCAGCCACUGCCCUUACGGGCCUUGGUGACACGAUUGGCCGCGGGAGAUAUAGAGCGCGUCGGUCCUCGCCUGAGCAGCAUACAUCGUAGAACUGUUUAUAAAUAAGAACUAAAUUCUUACCAAACUACUUCAUAUUCGUAUAAGCUAUUUAUACCUCCAUCGAUUGUGGAGAUAGUUAGAUGACAUCCAUGUACUCACGAACAUAUCUGAAGCUAUCCUAGAUCCUGAGGAUGUUGACCAUCUAAGUUAAUGGUUCGCCCAAGUGGACCACAAAUAUUCUCUAUACCAUUUCAAUAUAUUAAGAUAUGUAGAUGACGAUGAGAUAAGAUUAAGAGAUCAAUGGACAUUAUGAAAAUGGAACCACAGAACGAAGACAUUCUCGGAAGCUACAAGGUGCAGAUCCCACUUAGAAGGGUUGAAUAAAUAUCGUUUUCGCGGAAAACUUGUUGAAGUCAAUCUACGUACAAUAUAUUUUGUUUUUAUUUAAUUUACUUAAUAAGGUACAUCCACAGAAUACGUAUUACACAUUCCCAAAAUACUUAAAUAAUCAUUUUAAUUUCUAAUA